AAGCGACCAUGUGAGUGCCAACAGGGAGUUCUCCAGGUAAAGGAGAAGCAGAUACAGGACUCUUGAGGAAAGUUUGUGUUGUGUUUGGGACUUUCUUGAUGUUUGCUGAGCAUCACAACAAAGUUGUGAUGGUCUUGGCUCACACAAGGAAUAUAUGGUCUGAGUAGGUCAGGACUCACUGAGGAGAUGGCCAAGAGAAUAUUAGGUGUUGCCAGAAGAUAUGUUGUUGCCAUCCAAAUGCUGGCACUCGUCUUUGAAUCAGGGAGAAAUGGGCUUUUGAAUAGAAAUGUAUACCUGCUCAGAACCUGGACUUAAGAAACUGGACCAAAUUCGUUCCUGGUCUAUUUCUGUGGAGAACAAUUUGGCCUAAUGUGUCCACCAAAGCUAUCUGGUUAUCCAGUGGACAGCAAUGCUUCCAAGUCAGUGAGAAACAUGGUGCCAUUUCACAAACCGAUGAGUAAUAUUCCUCUAAUUAUAUCACCACAAUGACAUUAGAUACCCUGGCUGUUUGUGGCAUAACUAGUCUCUAACAGACUUUUUCAAAUCUUUCCUUUUAUUGUUUUCUUUCCAGAAAUUAAACUUCUGAACUCAUCCUGUGAAACUAAAAUGAACACCAGUCAGCCUGUUAUCGUUGUACAACCCCAAUUUUCUGUGGCUACUGCACCAAGUAAUGGCUGGCAGACUGGGUUGAUGGACUGUUGCAGUGACUGUGGAGUCUGCCUAUGUGGAAUGUUCUGUUUCUACUGUCUUGGAUGUCAAGUAGCAAGUGCCAUGGAUGAAUGCUGCAUGUGUGGUGGAAGCGUUGCCAUGAGAACUCUCUACCGGACAAAAUAUAGUAUCCCUGGAUCCAUCUACUCUGAUUACUGCACUGUCCUCUUUUGUGGCAUAUGUUCUCUUUGUCAAUUAAAGAGAGAUAUUAAUAGAAGGAAGGAAAUGGGAAUAUUCUAGUAAGAUGUACCUGUAUGUGACGGUUGAGAGUCCUAGAGUUUCCAUAAGCAAGAAUCUGUUCAUCUUCUGCUGUACAUGUGAUUCAAGAA